AAAGCUGUUCGUGGGUGGCCUGGACUGGAGCACGACACAAGAAACUCUUCGUAGCUACUUCUCCCAGUAUGGAGAAGUUGUAGACUGUGUAAUAAUGAAAGACAAAACAACAAAUCAAUCUCGAGGAUUUGGAUUUGUCAAAUUUAAAGAUCCCAACUGUGUGGGAACAGUGCUGGCCAGCAGACCUCAUACGUUAGAUGGCCGAAAUAUUGAUCCAAAGCCAUGCACACCUCGGGGGAUGCAGCCGGAGCGGACACGGCCGAAGGAAGGAUGGCAGAAAGGAUCCAGGAGCGAUAACAAUAAAUCCAAUAAAAUUUUUGUUGGUGGGAUUCCUCAUAACUGUGGCGAGACAGAGCUCAGGGAAUACUUCAAGAAGUUCGGAGUGGUCACUGAAGUUGUAAUGAUCUAUGACGCAGAGAAACAGAGGCCCCGAGGUUUUGGAUUUAUUACUUUCGAGGACGAACAAUCAGUGGACCAGGCUGUCAACAUGCAUUUUCACGACAUCAUGGGCAAAAAAGUGGAGGUGAAACGGGAUGUGGGUGCCAGCUGGACAGGCAAUUGGUGGAUAUGGACCCCCUCCUCCAGGCAGAGGAGCUCCUCCCCCACCACCUCCAUUUACCUCAUACAUUGUCUCCACACCUCCCGGGGGGUUCCCACCCCCACAAGGAUUUCCACAGGGCUAUGGCACCCCUCCACCAUUUAGUUUUAGUUAUGGUGCUCCACCUCCUCCACCUGACCAGUUUGCCCCCCCUGGAGUCCCCCCUCCACCUGCCACUCCAGGGGCAGCACCACUCGCUUUUCCUCCACCACCACCUCCAUCUCAGGCAACUCAGGACAUGAGCAAACCCCCGACUGCUCAGCCAGAAUUCCCUUACAGUCAGUUUGGGUAUGGACAAGACUUGAGUGGGUUUGGCCAAGGUUUCUCUGAUCCCAGCCAGCAGCCCCCUCCCUACGGAGGCCCCUCGGUGCCGCCCUCCAGCGGCCCCCCGGCAGGAGGCAGCGGCUUCGGGCGGGGACAGAACCACAACGUGCAAGGAUUCCACCCCUACCGGCGCUAGCCUGGGCUGCCAAUCAGGGAGUGAGUGCUGCCCGCAGGGACCUCUGGGCCCAGCUGAAGCCCGGGAUCCCAGACUUCUGAACUUGUGACAAUCACAUUACUUGAUGGAAGAAAAACCUAACAACAGUUUUUUUUUUUUUUUUUCUUCAGGGGGAGGGCGGGGGUUGGGGGCAGAUGGCUUCUGAAGGCAGAGCUGUGGGUGUUUGGACUGCAGUUUUUAAAGAUUUUCCUUUCUCUAACCCAUCAGCACAAAUAAAGAAUAUGUCACUGGUUCAAAUUACA